UAAAGCAGCAGUUGAUCAAUUUGAUGAUGAAUCUUGUUUUUAUUCAUGCAGAUGGCAAUGCCCAGAGGUUUGUCUCCCAGACUGUGGUCCAACAGCCUGUGUCAGCAUCAGCUCAACUGGGAGACCCUGUGGCUCUCCAGUGCUCUAUUACCUCCCAGAGGACGGACCACAGUAACCAGUGCCAAGGGGAACCCAGUGUGUACUGGUUCAGAUCAGGACCAUCUCACCCUGCUGCCAUUUACAUGAAUGGAAACAGGAGUGGUGAAUGUCAGAAUAGUUCUGGGCCUCCGUCUGCUCCACAGAGCUGUGUCUACACUCUCCCCAAGAACAAUGUAGACUCCUCUGAUGCUGGGACUUACUACUGUGCCCUGGCAGCAUGUGGGGAAGUUGUGUUUGGAAAUGGAACCCAGCUGGACAUUAAAGGACCCAAGCUGGAUCAAGUUACCGUGGUGCUUGGAAUACUGUUGGCUUGCUGUCUGGUUGUGAUUAUAAUCCUCCUUCUCACCAGAAAUAAAAAGCAAGUUUGUGAGCAUUGCAAAGGAACACUGGAUGCUUCCUACUCUGUCCCACACGACUCAGUGAUUCAGGAACCACAGGACGGGAAAACUGAUUCCUUGAACUACGCAGCGUUGGAGUUCUCUGGCAGGAAAACCAGAGGAAGGAAGAAGAACAGUGAAAGGACUCAGGAGAGUCUGUAUUCUGCUGACGGGAAAACUGAUUCCUUGAACUACGCAGCGUUGGAGUUCUCUGGCAGGAAAACCAGAGGAGGAAGAAGAACAGAAACUAGAGGACUCAGGAGAGUGUGUAUUCUGCUGUGA